AUGUCAUCAGGUAAGGUAAACCCCAAAACAUUCAAUGCUGCAAGCGAUUUACUGGACUUGGCAGACGAUAUACACAAUGUUUAUAACACCUACGCAUCAGACUCAAAUCAGAGCCAGGUGACUCUAGACUCGGAAAAGGACCGUGCCGUUUCUCACUAUGCAUUUGACUAUACCAACAAUAUGAAUCUGAAAUUGCCAGAGAUUCAUAUAUCCUCAAGGUUAUCGUCACUCGAAAACCAGGAUUUUGAUGAACAAAUAGCACGCACAGCGCCUGGCACUCCCUUGUCUAUAAGCUCUUUUGAUUUCCGACCCCGCUAUCCACGCGCAAUCACUAACUCGUCGUUGAAUGUGCUAGUGUCUACACCCAGUGAUGAGUCCGGAUUCAAGAGAUUGAUCGAUAACCCAACUAUACUGGAUGCAAAUGGUCAACAACAACAGGAUUGGGAAGCAAGCAAGAGGUCCGAUACUAACGAUGACGGCUUACAAGAAUCAGCAGAGUUCCGUAGCGAAAAACAGAAAUGGGCUAAUAAGGGAGCAGCCGUGAAGGAAUUGCUUACACCGAAUGGAGAGUCUACAGUCAUAAGAAGAAGCGUCAAUGAUUUCCAUUUCGGUAAAGAGUUGGGAGAAGGAUCAUACUCUACAGUGAUCUUGGCAACGGACAAGUUGACAUCGAAACAAUACGCAAUCAAGGUACUAGAUAAAAGACACAUAAUAAAGGAGAAAAAAGUGAAGUACGUCAACAUCGAAAAGCAUGCAUUGAAUAGAUUAAGUAACCGGAUGGGAGUUAUAUCUCUUUACUUUACUUUUCAAGACAAGGACUCACUUUAUUUUGUUUUGGACUAUGCGGCAAAUGGUGAGCUAUUGACAUUGAUCAAAAAAUACAACUCAUUAAAUGAAGAUUGCACAAGACACUUUGGAGCGCAAAUUCUUGACGCAAUCAAGUAUAUGCAUGACAACGGUGUAAUACAUAGGGACAUAAAACCUGAAAAUAUAUUAUUGGAUGACAAAAUGAGAAUACAAAUCACGGAUUUUGGUACAGCAAGGUUAUUAGAGAAGAAGAACGACGAAAGUGAAGAUUACCCUGUUGAUGUGAGGGCCAAAUCGUUUGUGGGGACAGCUGAAUACGUUUCUCCCGAGCUAUUAGAGAGCAAGUAUUGCGGUAAGCCGGGUGAUAUAUGGGCUUUUGGCUGCAUCAUUUACCAAAUGAUUGCCGGUAAACCUCCAUUCCGAGCUAAUAAUGAAUACCUCACUUUUCAAAAAAUCACAAAACUUCAAUAUGCAUUUAGCGCAGGAUUUCCAAGCAUCAUCAGAGAUCUCAUCAAAAAGAUUUUAGUCUUGCAGCCUUCUAAAAGAGCCACCAUUCCUGAAAUUCAAAACCACUAUUUUUUCAAACAAAUAGACUUUGAUAAUUUUGAAGACCUCUGGCUAAAGCCACCUCCUGAGAUAGGUCCUUACAAAAUGAGUGCCAAGUCUAUGAUGAAAAUACCCACAACGGCAAGCACUGGGUUAUCUGUAUCGAUACCAUCCAAGAAACGGGUUCUGAAACCUGCAGCAAUCGAAACUCACCAAAAAACUUUAUCAUCUCAAAUCAAUUCGCAACAAUCAGGGCAGGAAAAGGUUUCAAAAACAACUUUGCCAGCAAGUCUGGAAGCAAAUAAUAACAACAACAACAACAAUAAUAAUAAUAAUAAUAAUAAUAAUAAUAAUAAUAACAAUAAUGCAGCAAAUGCAGCAGCUUUUGCUCUUAGAAAACCACUGACAGGAUCGGACCUCACCUUCUCAGAACCAAGCACACCCAAUACAAGGGAACAACUUUCAGCAGAAAGUCGAAAAAGUACAAAGCACCAGCCUGAUUUCAUCCCAGGAACAAACAUUCUAAGACCUCAAAUUAGUAAAAGACCUUCUGUUCCAACGUAUUCGCGAACAUCCACUAGAGAAGGGCCAAAAUCAUCGCCCAAACCAAAACUGGAGAUAAUGGAGGUAACACCACCAGGCACAUUAGAAGCCGCAUGGGGUUCCUACCUCGAGCACCCAGAUGAAAGAAUCAUUAGAGUGGGCCCGGUAAUAGUACAUAAAGAAUCUACUGCAGCAUUUGACAAAAAACACAAAGGUUUAUUACAUGCCUCGCCUUUGGAUGCUACUACAGCUACUAUGCGGAGCAGGUCUGGAACAAGCUUGCUUUCGCAAAUGGUGAAUGGGGUGCCAGAAGUCAAUUCUGAGAGUGUGGAUGAGAGUAUUGCAAUAAGAGAGCCUCAGGAAAUGGAGUUUUUGAGAAGGAAGAGCUUAAACAAAAGGAAUAAAAAAAGCCUGGAACUGGACCGCUCAUCCUCAAUGGGUACCUCCAACAGAUUAUCGAAGCAUUCUAUUUUUAGAAAGUUGGGCUUGAGUCAAGUUGACAAGAAAGAAGACAAUGAAGAAGAAGUAAACCAGUUCUCGCUCAAUAAAUCUCAAACGAGCACAAUGGUUGUUACAACCCAUGGAAGAGCCUUGGUGUUUGCUAGAAGGAGCUUAGAGUCUAAUUAUAAAUUAAUUUUGGAAGUGAAGCUAAGGUAUCCUUUUAUUCACUUUCAAGAAUUGGUUUCCCCACAAAACAAAUUCUCAAAAUUUUUACCCACGGUUGGUGUUUUUGUUAUUGCAUCAACCAAUCUGUCGUUUGUUUUUGAAGUAGAAAAGUAUGAUGUUGGCCAAUGGACAGAAGCGCUUGCUAAAUCUAAAGCAAAUGAAAUCGAAAGACAAAAACUUGCUCCUACUACUGCUGCUGCUGCUGUUUCUGCCGUGGGUAGUACAUCUACAUCACGUCAUAAAUCAUCAUCUGAAAUGAAAACACCACCUAUCAAGCAAAGUGCGAGAAUAGCACAAGAUAAAUCGCCUCUGAUAUGGACAUCAUCACCCAGUGGCCCAAAAGUACCAAAAACAAAAGAAUCCCCAAUAUCCAAUGCAAAAUCACCAAAUGUUCUAGUGUCGGUGCCGGUGCACGAGACAACAAGACUGAGCAACAUGUUAAAGAGUAAAAUUCAAAGAGCUACUCCUAGAAGAAAACCACCUCCUGUUGUUACACCGAGUGAGCUCAACGUGCAUACAGGUUUGCCCAAGAACUCUUCAGAGACUGGAUACUUGCAUGCGGCUCAAUUGGCUGUGUCUCAAAACUCACACAAUCCAAUUUCGAAUAACAGACAUUCAAGCUUUACAAAAGAGGAUGGUACUAAAGUUGACAUUAGCCGCUACAAAGCUCCAUAUAACACGAGCAAUUCGACGCUGCCUGUAAUCACUGGUACAAACUCAAAACUCUUGGCAAGAAGUCUGAGAAAGUAG